UACAUAGUUAAGAAUAUGGGAUUCUAUGUUUUCCGAUUUGAUCUUUGGCCUUAUUUACUUAAUAUAAGUAGCGUAAACAAAUAUGAUACAUCAGCUUCCUUGUCUAGUAAAUUACAAAUUUGUUUCUCUGGUUUCUGUUUCUGUGUAAUUAGCCUGGCGCAAUAUGCGUCUUGUCUAGAGAGCAUUGCUUUUGCACCAUCCCCAUCAUCAUCAGGAUCUUUUAUUGGUUUAACACGGUUCUUCGAAAUUGCAGUGGGUGCUGUUAAUGAUCAAACAUGGAAGUCACUUGUUGUAGAGUCUGAUAUACCUGUACUGGUUGAAUUUUGGGCUCCGUGGUGUGGUCCAUGCCGAAUGAUCCACCCGGUCAUUGAUGAACUGGCAAAGGAAUAUGCUGGCAAGCUUAAAUUCUUCAAGCUGAACACGGACGAAAGCCCUUCCACAGCAACUGAAUUGGGGAUUCGAAGCAUCCCAACUGUGAUGAUUUUCAAGAAUGGAGAGAAGAAAGAUGCAGUCAUUGGUGCAGUUCCUAAAUCAACACUAACCACCUGCAUAGAGAAAUUCUUGUAAAAUGGUGCAUAUAUCUUAUGAGAAUCUUCCUGUUUCUAUUUUCCCUCCUUGCCUUUGAUGUGGCAAAAUUAAUCUAGUAAACCUGAAAUGCUCCUGUAUAGUUGGGUGGCAUUAUGUUUCCCCAUUAACAUUAUGUUGGUAGUUGAAUGUUUCUGUUGAGUUAGUUUGUAAUAUUUGGGGGUCUCAAGUUAGUUUGUAAUAUUUGGGGGUCUCAAAACUGAACAGGCAUAUCUAUUUGUGAAAGAGAGUGGCUUUUCAGAAAAGUCAUCUCUAAAAUUCUAUAAAUAUAAGUAAUCUCCUGAAGUAGCGGAAGUUAAUUUGCAGUAUACAAAGACUUCCUUUAAUCCUGAAAGGAGUUGCUUGUAAACCCCUGAAGACAAUAGGGGCAAUAUCUCUUAAGGACAGUGUGUUUGACA